AUGCAAAUUCCAAACAGACUGUCACUCAUCAUGCCUGACUUUCCAUCGGUAGACAGUGUACGCGGAACGGAGUCCCGAGUAGUAAUAACAGGCUCAAAUAAGUCUAACCACCUGCAUAAUCCAUACGGGUUUGUUUGCCACAUGCUUUUGUUUUCUAGUGGAAGUGUAUACGGCGCCGUCGACGACGAUCGAACCCUUAUUGACCAGGGACCGCUAAAUUCCUCCGCAGAGGCUCUCGCCGACCCCUCUUCCGUUGCCCUGGAGACCCAGUUGCAGGACCUCGUUGUCCGCGUCUCGAUGCUAGAAGACGCCAUCGCUAGACAACAUCGACGAGAACUGCUCGCCCUCAUCCUACUGGGCACUUAUUUCCUCCUAAAAUUUGGGCGCUCGCUGCUCUGA